AUGGCUUCAUCAAGCUGGCGGCUGCUGAAAGGCAAAACAGCCUGCAUCACCGGAGGCACAACUGGCAUUGGCCGUGCGAUAACACUCGAAUAUUUGAGACACGGCGCCAACGUCGCGGUCAACCACCUUGGCAUUCCUAGCGACGAAAAACACAGACUCAGCCUUAUCGAAGAAGCGGAAAAGAUCAGAAAAGAUGCCCCCAAAGAUUCCCCGACGGGCGAGUUGAUUGAGCUUGCAGGCGAUGUGACAGACCCGAAUACUGGAAAGGGGCUCGUUGCCGCAGCAGUCAAGAAAUGGGGUGGACUGGAUGUCUUCAUCGCGAACGCUGGCAUUUUCAAGCCAGCUGAGUUUCUCACACUCGAAAAGGAAGUCUUCGAUAAAACACUACACGUUAAUGUCAACGGCGCAUUCUACUCGUGCCAGGCAGCGGCGAACCAGAUGGUCAAGCAAGGACGCGGAGGAUCAAUCAUCGGCAUCUCAUCAAUCAGCGCUCUGCAGGGUGGAGGUCUGCAGACACAUUACACGCCGACAAAGGCAGCGGUCCUGUCAAUGAUCCAGUCAAUGGCAGUGGCUCUUGCAAAGCAUCGCAUCAGAUGCAACGCUCUGCUUCCUGGCACUAUCCAUACACAACUGGCGGAGGAAGACAUGCAGAAUGAGACGAAGCGCAAGUAUCUUGAGCAACGUAUUCCAAUGGGCGUGGGCAAGCCUCAUGAUCUGGCUGGGCCGGCGGUUUUCUUGGGUUGCGAGGAAUUAAGCGGGUUCAUGACAGGAUCCCAGAUGUUGGUGGAUGGUGGUAUAUUCAAUGGCAUAAGUAUCAUCAAGAUGAGCGCCGAUGACGAAGAUUCACAGCCAUACUUCACCCGUGGCCGCCUCAGUCGUGGCCGCGGCCUCAGAAACAGUACCGGCUGGCGGCCACCAAACAGAAAACGGUCUGGUCCUGUCGUAUCAGUCACCCCCAACAGCGACGCUCCGAAGCCCACGACUCCUCGAGAGCCUCAAUCGCCUCGGUCUUCCAGUCCACCAAACUCCGAGUAUCAGCCCGUCGUCUGUGAUGACGAGCCAGCUCCUCUACCGGCAGUAACGCUUGGAGAACCACACACAUCAAGCAUAGCAAGCGCUACCACAAUAGCACCGUCCAAUGACGAGGGCAUAGAUAGGUCUAAUCACGCCAGUACCGGCGAUAGACCAGCUUUCGAGCAAGACUCUCCAGAGCAAGUCGACGCGUUAUGCACAGGCAUCACACCACGAGGCACAGCACGCACGUCCAGCUCGUUCGGGGCAAACCUAGAGAACGCCACGGCCAUUUGGGUCGACCUGCUUCUCCAAGAUGCGGCCAUGCAAGAAAUCGAUUUCACCAACGUCAAUUUCGAAGAAGGCGUGGAUCUCUUUGCAAGUUCGGUCGUGCAAUCACCUGCUGUGGGGCGGGGUAUACCAAACACCAGUGGAGAAGGCCUCAGUCCUACGCCAUGCGCGUCACAUCCCUACUUGCAUGAGAGACCUCCGACGCUCGAUGAAUACCAAUGCCUCGAGAAACAGGCUUGGCGAUCGGCUACGCCUCUACCAAUUCAGGCGCAGGAACAUGUUGUUUUCCAAAAUUUUGUGCAACACAUUAGGCUGCUCAAUGCAGUUCUCGCUCUGUCUGCGCGUCACCUCUCUUUGAGUACACACUCAGAAGACACACAAACCAGAGACCCCAACGACGCACUACGAUAUUAUUACAAGACACUACACUAUAUCCAAGAGGCGAUGCAAUACGACACAUACAAAACGAGCCUCGAACUCCUCGCGACCAGCAUCACUGUAUCAGCAUACGAGAUGCUCGACGGCUCGAGGCAAGAUUGGGAAAGACAUCUGAAAGGAGUCUUUUGGAUCCAACGCUCACAAGUCAUACAUGGCGAUUCCAUGGGCUUGAAGCAAGCUGUCUGGUGGGCAUGGAUAUGCCAGGAUGUCUGGGCUGCCUUUCGCGAGAGGCGCCGUCCUUUUACAUUCUGGCGGCCACUAAAGACAUUGGACGAUCUAGGCCCGUCCGAGCUGGCUGCACGGUCAGUCUACUUCUUCGCUCAGGUGAUCGCGUUCUGCUCGUAUGAAGAGACCGAAGCGGGGAAGAAUGACCCUCACGCGAGAAUCGCGGCGGCUGAUGCCUUGAGAGAAAUGCUGGAAAACUGGAGGCGGCACCUGACGGCUGAGUUCCAACCACUCCCCUACCCGAGUUCUCCUGAUGACAUCUUCGAGCCGAUCUGGAUCAACCCUCCGGCAUUUGCGGUAGCUUUUCAAAUCUACUACUGCUCCCACAUCCUGCUCCUAAUGAAUGUACCCGUUCUAGGUGGACUUGAACAGUACACACAGCAGAGGAAGCGUCUGAUGGAAUGCGUCAAGAAAGUUUGUGGUAUCGGCAUGACACUGUCAGACUAUCCAUCGAGUGUUUUGUGCUCUCAAUGUCUAUUUAUCGCCGGCAUACCCCUCGAGAAUAGUAGAGAACGGAAAUGCGUUCUAAAUCUGCUAGAAGCCUGCCACGCUCGAUCAGGCUGGCCUGUGAAGCCACUCGGGGAGGAGUUGAAGCUUCGAUGGGAAGCUUCCGACGCCUAA